AUGACCGCGAGCCCGGAAUAUUCCUCCGCGGCGCUCAAGUCGCCGGAAUUACACAUUCUGGAGCCUCCAAACGGUCGCAUUGCUCACACAUUAACCGCGUGCACAAGGUGUAGACAGCGAAAAUCCAAAUGUGACCCGGGGAUCCCUCGGUGUGCCCCCUGUGAACGAAGCAAUGCCAAGUGUGUGUAUUACGACUCGACGCGCGAUUCUACGAUCCCCCGGUCCUACAUCGUAUCGCUGCGGGAGAAAGCUCGCGCGCUGGAACGUGAACUCGCCGAAGCCGAAAAAGAGAUCCAACAUGCUGCCGAUGCGGAGCUGAUGGUGCGGGGAGCUGGGCGCAUCCGCUUCAAGGAAAAUGACGAGGCUCGGUAUCUCGGGUCCUCCAGUGGCAUUGCCAUGACCCGCCUGGUCAUGGAAAUGGCCAAGCAGAAUACCGACUCUAAAAGCAUCAAAGAUGUCGUCCCAGAAUUCACCGCCCAAGAGAUUAAAGAAGCCUUCGCACAAGAAGAUUCGAAACCGACGUCCAAAAUCUAUCCCAUGAUAAGCUCAAUCCCACAGGCCGACCUACCCCCGCAGGCGCUGACCUAUAAAUUGAUCGACCUUUUUGUGGCCAAAUCACAAGCACUUCUUCCCACUUUACAUGAGCCCACCUUCCGGCAAGAGGUAGAGGAAGUAUUCCAUGGCUCAACGGACCCCUGCCAGAACUUUCAACUGCGCAUGGUCAUUGCGAUCAGCAUGCAAAAAAUGAGCACCGAAUAUGCCGGGCUUGCUGAUAGCUAUUACCUUGCUGCCUUGCCUUACUUGGAACCCACGCUGAAACGGAUGGAUAUACGAGCUCUGCAGUGCCUUGUACUGAUUGCCUCAUACUCAAUGCUGACGCCCACUCGCACCGCUGCAUACUGGGUUGUCGGAACAGCCGCGAAAUUGUGUCAGGAUCUCGGAUUGACCGAGGAGGCCACUGUCACCACAUCAUCACAUGGGAAGCCGUUGAACCCGCUGGAAAUUGAUAUGCGUCGAAGGUUGUUUUGGAUUGUCAUAUCCAUGGAGCUGGGUCUUUCUCACAGCCUUGGCCGAUGCAACAGCUACUCAGUUAGCCAUGAUCACUUCAAUGUGAAGUUCUUUGAGCUGGUGGGUGAUCAAUAUAUUACCGCUGGGGGGGUUACCCCAGGUGCCAAGCCUGUCAUGGCAAAAUGUAUCGCAGUCCACUUCUUCAAGAUGCGAUUGUUACAAUUGGAGGCUAGGCGAACGUUGUACCUGAACCGAAGAGAAACGCCACUCGAUGACCAAGAUCCAUGGUUUUCCCAGAUGAUGGCCAAAAUUGACCAUUGGAUGUCAACGUGCCCUAAGAACGACGAUGGAAGUGGGCUCAACGUGAAAUGGUUUACAGGAAGACGGAAUACAAUCGUGAUUCUCAUGUACCGCCCGUCGCCUCAGGUUCCCGAACCGUCCGUUCAAGCCGCGCAAAUAUGCUACGACGCGGCUAUCUUCAAUAUUGCCAUGCACAAAGAGCAGAUGGUUACCGGGUCCGUUGAUCUAACUUGGGUAUUCGUACAGGCCUUGUUCAUGGCUUUGAACACCGUUCUCUGGACCCUUUCGUAUCCAGAGAUACGAAAAGAACACACAAUUGAAGAAGUCCAGGGCCAUUUGGAUAUGGCUCUUGAAAUCAUCGUGUUCUCCGCUGAACGAUGGCCCGGUGUUCAGUCCGCUCUGCUCCUUUACAAGCGCCUUGUUGCUGCGUGCUUAAAGGCUUAUACCACCGAAGAGUCAUUUGUUGUGCACUCGCCCUCCAAUCAUCCGACACCAACUUCCUCCCAAGGAUUGACACCGCCGGCUAUGUCCAGUCCUUCAAGUAGCACAACUGCCUCAUAUUAUUCCCACAAUCAUCGUGGUGGAAACCUAUCAAUCGGCGACACUGCCUCCAGUGGUACCUACUCAAGGGGCCAAUCUGCUGAUCCCUCAUUCACACAAGAACCAACUCCCCCGGCCUCAACCCCCGCCCCAUUCCCACAGCCCCGCAUCCCACCGGUGUCACCUGCAUAUGAUAUGAAGCCUCCAUCUACUGCUCGAAGCUCGGUACCACAGUAUGCGCCGGAGCCGUACUGUGGCCCGUCAUCACUUUAUCCAGAUGUUUCGGUCGAUCCCAAUACCCCGUACAACACGAUACCCUCAGUUGUUCCUGGUCUUCAAGGCUGGGACCCUAACUUUUCACUUGCCUCGACGACUGCUGGACACCUGGCAUACAUUGAUGCUACCGUCGACCCCAUGAACUGGACUACUUCGAUCGGGGACCAGUAUUCUCAGUACUUCAAUGAGCCAUUCCCAGUGCCUUCAUGGCGCGAGCGCACGCUGAGUCAACAAGAGCAGAUCGAGCUGUUGGCUUCUUUGGAACAUAACAUACCCGAUGUGUCUGCCCAGUUGAUCACCGAGUACAAUGCGUUCUAUCAGUCAUAA